AUGGAUCUUAUGUUCCAGGAAAAGAGUGAAUUUAAUGAAGAGGAAUCGAACUUAAAAGAAAUUAUGAAGAACUAUCGAGACCGCGCCCUUGAACGUCGCUUGAAGGGGAACGAUGAUAAUGAUGAGAUCGUCAAAUUGGCGGCAGCUUAUCGUGCAAUGCCAGGAGAUGCUCGUGCAGUUACAGAUAAAGCGAAUUUGAGGAGACAAGUCAUUGAGGAAUCGAAGUACCUCGGAGGAGAUAUGGAACAUACUCACUUGGUAAAAGGUCUUGAUUAUUCACUUCUUAACAAAGUACGGAGUGAAAUCAACAAAUCGCAAGCGGAAGUCGAGGCUGAGGAUGAGCUAGAAAUGGCUUAUGAUCAGAAAGGUACAGAAGCAGUAGAAAAGAUGUCAGACAACAAAAUGGUUAGAGGAAUCCAUCGAAUUCUGUUCAAAAACGAGCUGCCGGCACGGAACGAAUUAUUUGGCAAGGGACGAAUGGCAUACGUUGUUGAUAUGGAGGAUGAAGAGGCUGAAAUUCCUACGACUCUACUACGAUCACUGCACGAUUGUCCGAAAGCUGAAUCUAACGCUAAUAUCAACGCCAACAAUAUGUUGAUAUCAAAGCUGACUCAGGUACUCUCAUAUCUCCGUUCUGAUCAUAAAAAGAAGAAGAAGCCAGAUAUGACUGAUGAGGAGGUGAAGAAAUAUCAGUCCCAGAGCAUUUACGAUAAUGAGGGUGAAUACGCCCCGAAAAGGGACAAGGAUCGGUUUGUUUUAGUUUCUUUGAUAUCAACUUUCAUGGUGAAGGGUGUCGUUCAGAGAUCGCAAAGACAAAGACAAGGAUAG